CCAUCUUGGUUAAUUCGUGCUGUCAUGGGUAAUGCCAGCAGUACCGAGAUGAUAAGACGCUGCGUGGGGCUGGAGAUCGCUCCACCAGUAGUUAAAUCGCUCGCCGGUGCGACGCAACACGUUUUCGAGAUGCUCGCCGUGUUGACGAUGUACGGGAAGAUUCCCGCUCGAUUGAAAGUGAAAAACCUUUUCGAUCUGUUCGACCUCGACCUCGACGGCAAGCUCAAUUCCUCCGAGACGAUCGUCAUGCUCAGGUCACUGUUACACGGAAUAGCGAAAUCUACGGGUGGUGUGUUGCCAAACAUCUCUGACAUCCAGGCUAUCUGGCAGCACAUCGUACGACUUGGCUACACCGAUGAAGAAGGGCUGUUGCCGUUCGCGAGGUGGAUAACUUUCUGUUCCAAGACCCGCGAAGUUCACGCUCUGGGGAAGUCCCUUGACUUUAACAAAGGGGUUUGUCGGAAGUCUCUGACGUCGGGAACAAGGGCAACGCUUUCUGCGAUGGUCCUGGGAGAAGACGACGCCGUUAUGGCGGCUCAACGAGCCGCACUCACGAAGAAGCCCCAGGAGCGAGCAUCGGUAGCCGUAGAGAAGAAGAGAGCGGCGGCGGCAGCGAGGGAGGGCAGGAACAGGUUCGCGCGGUCCAGCAUUAUGAAGAUCAAGGAGGUGUUCGACAGCAUCGACAAGGACGGCAGCGGCUACGUCGACGAAGAAGAGUGGCGGCGACUGACGGAAGACACCCCGCUGGCUGCCUCGGAUGACACUUUCCUCUUCAUCGAACGGGAACGAGAGGGGAAAAUAUCGAUCGUGGAAGUUCUGUGUGAAGUUCACCCAUUCGCUGGUGAUGCGGACCUGGCGAAGAUGCUGGAGUGGAUAAGUGAGGAGACUAUACAACAGGGAGCGGCGAGAAUAGUGAACCCGGAGUUAGCCGUCGCCGAGCGUUUGGAGAUGGCGGAGCUCUUUAGUAUGUGA